AGGCAAGCCAGAGGCGCGCGCCAUUUGCAUGCACCCCCGUCCACUGUGAUCAACAUACACCCAUUGAAACAAGUCUCCUGCAGCAUCUCAAGGCCGCUGCCUGCGUCUCUACACACAAAUAUCGAGUUUCGCAACCUCUUGCCUCCUUCCCAGUCGCCAGGCCGUGGCAGAGAUCGACAGUGCCUCCAACUGACACGCGAACCCCUCCCUCGUUACUGUCCCCCGUUUUGUCCUACAAGUCACCAUCACCCAUCCCUGGGACAAUGCAGAUCGACCAAGGAACCCGACGAUAACCCUCAACCCAAGCGAUUGAUUCUACCUAUUCUUCCGUUUGAGCUUCUGAGAAAGGGGAUUCUGGACUCUCGUAGCUUUCGUGAGAAGGCCCCUGCGACAAUCCGACGACUAUCUAAACGUGUCCCACGUUGCACCCUGAAUACCGUCCAUCGACUAUGCUGCGGAUGGGUAGGUCAUUCCGCAGCAUAAACAAUCGCCUCAAUGCUGGCCAUUGACACCAUUCCUGUGCUGGGGUUCAGAGAUAUCAAUCUUUCGAAUAUCAUGGAUCCUGAACUGCCCCCAGCAACUAAUUCCCGGACCAUGCUCCGGCCAGAGGACGCCUCUCGAUUGGGACGACCUUUCCGCCAUGAUGAUUCCGACAGAGCUCGAGCUGCGAGCGAGAACACCAGGCUGAAUGUUGAAAGAGGAGGCAGCGCCCUGAAUGCGGAGGAUUCUUCUCCCCUGCCGGAGGAAAACACGGUGGCACAAAAUAAUAUCGGCCGCGAGCCAGCCCUUUUGUCUCUCGAAGAUACGACUGAGUUGUUCCGGAGAAAGGUGGCGGAUGCUAGACAAGACACCGAACAUGCGCUUGCUGGGAGCGAAGCCGUCAGCGACGCAGUCAAGCCGAAACUCACAUUAGAUCUGGGCCACUCCAACAUCGCAAGAUUACCUGAAAGUGUGGUGGACCUGAUCAAGGCCGAGGUCGAGAGGUUGUCUUUGUCCCACAAUCAGAUCUGGCACAUACCGCUUCGGUUCUCAGAAUGCUCACAUCUACGAUACCUCAAUAUUCGGUCCAAUGUGUUCCGGGAGAUCCCACGAGGGGUGUACAAGCUAGGUCAACUGGAAAUCUUGGAUAUCAGUCGAAACAAGGUCCGAAAGAUCUCGAGCGACAUCAAAAAUUUGCGGUCCCUCCGUGUCUUCUCGGUCGUGCACAAUCGGGUGGAAGAUUUGCCGGUGGAGCUGUGUGAAAUGACCAAAUUGCAGAUAUUGAAGAUCGCGGAGAAUCCACUGCGAUUCAAACUGAAGAAAAUUGUGGAGGCCAAGGAAUCCGAAGUCUCAUUCUCAGAAAUGACGGACCACGAAAGGGAGACGGCAAUCACCCUCGAGAUCAAGCGAUAUUUGAGGGAAGUACACCCUGUGAUCACCCCCAUUGAUGUGGAAGCGUCUCUCCAAGUCGACGAGAGUCCAAUGGAGAUGACACCAAAACCUCUCAAGCGAUCUCUGAGCAGCAGAUUCCCCGUCAUACCCAGCACCAACAAUUCUGAGUCCGGGUCAGAGGCCAAUAAAUCAUCGCCAAUCCAGACUCUCGCGAACCCGCCCCCUGUACCGACUCGCUCACACUAUCGAAUGGCCUCUAAUACGCAGCCGAUCGCGCUUCGGCGACCAGGUAUUGCCCCUUUGAUUAGCCAGAAUAAUGAGAGAAACCGGAGCAACAGCGAAAGCGUCUUGCAGGCUUCGGCCGCUGCUCGGCAGAAACGGAUGGGCAUGCUGCGAAAAGAAAAGCCUGAUUUGGACAGUAUCGACGAGCUCAAGGUGAACCGGAACAGCCAUCUCCGAGGAUUUAGCCACGGCUCGGUCUUGAAACGUAAUGGCGCGCUGUCUUCCCCUGGCGGGAAUAGCUCUUCGAGUCCCAGCAGCCCACGCGAUCCCAGACGGCACAGGCUCGCCUUUGUGAAACGGUUGUCUAGUCUUCCGGAACACAAGGUCGAGACCGAAUGGAACAACCCUGUCAUCGAAGGUGCCAAAGGGAUUUUAUACGCCCUGUAUCAGAUCCACCCCCAAAUCUCCGGCCUCAUCGCUGCGAUCAGAGGAAAGGACGUGCGGAGGAGCACGCUAGAAUUUACCUUUUUCAAUGCUUCCACUCAUGUCGACCGGCUCAAUUUAGCAUUGGAAGAAGCUGACGCUGUCGAUCUCGGAGACACAGAUGCGGUUGAGAAAGUCGAGGAUAGUGUUCGAAGGGAUUGUGCAACCUGCAUCAUGGCCUACACACACGUAACCGCACAGCUGCAAGAUAACGUCAAGAAAAUUGUCGCGGGGUCUGACGCCCGUUAUGUGCGGACACUCAUGCUCCUCCUCUACGGAAGUAUGAUGGAAGUCAGAAAUGCAAUUCAAAGUUUUGGGGCAGAUGUGAGAGUCGCACAGGGCCUCGGUCAUAGAAGACAGAUGUCCAGUGGAAACGCGCAUCCUAUCCAGACUAUCCCUGAGGAGUUCAGCACUCCAUUGCAGCCUGUCCGAGCAAUCACACCCACCCGAGACAGAAAUCUUGCUUCGAGGCAAGCUGGGAGAUUGCGCAGUGACACGGCCAUUCAGCAUCCAGUUGCUGAUAACAUCCCGACAUCUCAAUCGAACCCUGUACCACCUGCAGGAUCGGCUGCCCUCCCGACUCCGAUUCACUUGACCGGUACCACUUUGAAUGGUGGAACUCUCACGGGCACUUCGUCAACCUUCUCAAAUAGUGGCACUCUCACUUCUGCUUCCAGUUCUGGCUUCAGGUCACGGUCAGGGUCACGCACUGCCAAUACGAUGAAUGGCUUCACGUCCUCGUCGGUAGCCAGCACGCCUCGCUCGGGUGAAGCCUUUAGCCUCCCGCCCUCGACUUCCUUCGCUGCUCGAGUCAAUCCUGCCACAGGUCUCACUGAUGCUCAAGAGGAACUCGUCUUCGAGCAGAUUUUCCUCGCCUUGACGAGAGCCUACGACGCUGCGCUGCACACGAUUCCGAUCGCGAAGGCACAAUUCCUGCGAUGUCUCGAAGCGGCAGAAGAAAACCGACAGCCGAAGGCGGUGCACGAGCUAUGGUCGACCCUGGUCUAUCGCUGCAAAUUAUGUAUCGACAUCAGCGAGGCCCUCCAAAUCCGACUUGUCAAUAUGCGUUUACAAGAUCCAAGCAUCCAUAUCGUCGCAGCGGGCAGCGGUCGAAACGACCCCUCCUUGUGGCUUCUUUGCAAGAACUUUUUAAUGAGUUUCAUUGAGCUUCUGACAGAGAUGCGGAUUGCCAAGUCCCAAAGGUUGCUGUCACAGGAGAUCAUCACGAUGUUGAGACCCGUCCAGAAAGCGAGUCGUGAGGCAGGGAGAUUGAUAGAGACGAGUCCCUGGCGGUACUUGACUGAUAGUGCGGCGGCGGCGAUGCCACCCCCUAGCGUUUUCGGUGCGAACUCAAGCCAGCCUCCUAGCGCUGUCGUCAAUGGCAAUGGAUAUUCCAGUACCGUCCACGGAACAAUCCCCAACGGCAGCAAUGCCUCGCCUUACCCGCCAAACUCGGUCUCCGCUCAGAUCUCAAAUUAUCCCCUGCAAAGCCCAUUCCCUCCUCCCCUCAUUCCUGUCCCGCCAAUACCUGGCGUUUCUUUAGCAAGCACGCCAAACACAGCAACGAGACAAAUGGUCAACGGCAGCAUACCUUCAAUAUCCUCAAUGUCAACCAACGGUGCCGGACCUAUGUCUGCAGCAAUCAAUGGUAUAAGCCCCAUCUCUGUUCCACUUCCGGCAACUCCGCUCUCGGCAGCCCUCGGUCCAGCAGCCCAAGCAACGGUACCGAAUAAUUCAAAUGCCAAUUCAGGCUCCAAUCCUCUUGCAACACCGACGAGUUCGUCUGCAUUACCGACGCCUAUGGCGGCCGUGCCGAGCACCCCGGCGAGCGCGUAUGGAGAUUCUUUUUUCCGGGGCGAUGUAUUUCAGAGGGCGGACAGUCUCCUAAGUAUGCCACAGAUUGGUGGAGUGAACUUUUUGAACAGGCGGUAAGGUCGACUAGGAUAUCAGGGAUGUGGAAUUCAUGACGUCGGAUGCCGCAAUCGCUAAUGAGACGAUGGAAAAUAAAGAAGGGACCUCAGUUCGGGGAGAUUCGUUACGCAUAGAAAAAAGCUGGGAUGAGCUCCCCUUUUACGAGUAUCCAGCUGCAAGGGAUAGAGAGCCAACACGGCUACCUACGCUCCGUCAACUGCAGUCAGUCCUAGACGCGAGUAUUUUUUGCUUGCUCGAACACUCUGAGAACAUGGCGUGGCCUGUAUCAUCAAAUGAACACUGUAUAUACUCCUUGUUACUGCUGCGACUGCCACCACUACUCCCACCACCGGCCCCUCUCGGCCACUGGAUGCAUGCAUGGAUUGAUGGAUUGAUGGAUUGAUGGACUCACGGAUGGACGGAUGGAUGGAUAUGUAACCCAAAAGCGCUGAAAGAUCACCUACCCACUUUGUGUCUCUUUUGGAAACCGCAUGUGUGAUGGAUGGGAUAUGGCACACGCCCAGGACCAGGGUCAGGGCCCAGAAAAGGAAAGGCCCGCUAAGGAAAGGAAAAGAAGGCAUGGCGAUAGGGGACAAUAUACUAUGUACGGCCUGCAACAACAGAGCGCACUGCACUGCACAGGACACGACCUGGUUCUCGACUCGACUGGACUCGACUCGACUCGUCCUGUCCUAUUCUGGUCUCUGGACCUGAGGCUGUCUGGGAAGUUAUAAUCACCCAACCACGUAGGAAGGUAGGAAGGUAGGAAGGUAAGUAGGUAGGUAGGUCCUAGGUAGAUUGGUUAGUCGAUUGGUAAUAUCUCAACAGGCCGAGCUGACAGUAGCAAGCCACUACCCUAUCUAGGUAUGCAGGAGACACGG